AUGUCAGCGGACCAACGCGCUCGCGAGGGGGGAAGAUGCAGUGAGUGAGUGAGUGCGUGCGUGCGUGCGUGCAUGCUGAGGGGCGAUGAAGCAACCAGAGAUGCUGGUGGCCGAGAGUGCAAGAGCCACGCCGCGCCGGGGCCUCGUGGGGGGGCCAGACUUUGAGUUUUUCCAGCGUCGCUAUUUCACGCCGGCCGAGGUGGCCCAACACAACGUGCCGGAAGACCUGUGGGUGUCCUACCUGGGCUCCGUGUACGACCUGACGCCGUUGGCUCACAAGUACAAGGGAGACCUGCUGCUAAAACCCAUCGUGGAAGUUGCGGGCCAGGACAUCAGCCACUGGUUCGAUCCGAAGACCAGAGACAUCCGCAAGCACGUCGAUCCGCUGACCGGUACCCUGAGAUACCGCACCCCCCGGGGCCGCUUUCUGCACGUCCCGCCUCAGCUGCCGCGUUCGGACUGGGCCAAUGAUUUCGGGAAGCCCUGGUGGCAGGGGGUGCAUUAUGAGGUGGGGCGGCUGUCUACCAAGACCCGCAACAUCCGCAUCAUUAACACGCUCACGUCGCAGGAGCACGCGCUGGAGGUGGGGGCCCAGGAAUCAAUGUGGGAAAUCCUGCACCGCUGUCUCCCCUUUAAUGCACAUGCUGCCAGCUAUACGUGGAAAUACGAGGGGAAGAAACUGAACAUGGAUUAUACCCUGGAAGAGAAUGGGAUCCGGGACGAGGAAGAAGAAUUUGACUAUCUCAACAUGGACAGUACAGUCUACACACCUGCAAUACUGCUCUACUUCAACGACGACCUCACAGAGCUGUAGGGUGGGGACCAGUGCUUGUGUAGACGCAGCUGAGUUCUGAGUUUGGCUGCAUCUGUGCCCUGUAGGUGGGGGAGAGGGCGGAGUGCUGGAUAAAGACCUCCAUUCCAUUCUGGGAACUGGCCUGUGGUUCCCGCGUCCUUCUCAAGUGUACAGGUCCUAUUUCCCAGUCCCACUGUGAUCUGCUCGACGUGAGGGAGAAUGCUAGAAGCACAUUCAUUAAUUCUCAGGAGUGACACGAGAAGAUGGAAGUAUCUUGGAUUGGGGAGAGAGCCGGAGCUCAGGCAGAACUUUUUGACAGUCCGAGAAGGAGAAGCCCUACACAGGGAUGCGGGAUGGGAGAACUUUUAUGGCAGUGAUGGGAACGGGGACGGCUGCAGGGAUUUCCACAGACAGGAACAGGAAGUGUCUAUUGCUGGCCACACAAAACCGGCUGAUCUGCCUUCUGAAGAGUCCUUGGUAGUUGGAACCCCAAAGGGAAGAAAGGAAGCGAAGGGUUAGGCGGUAGUUCAGGCUAGACCUUAUGCUGCGUGCUUCGUACGCCCUUUUUAAUACAGCUACUCUGUAAGUUGGGUGCCGUCACCACGAUUUUACACAGAAGAAGUCUUUUUGAAGCUAAGAAAGAUUUUUUUCCCUAUUUGGCUUUCGUAAGCGAUUGAUGACCCCGGGCAGCAUCCCAUCCAGCAAGUAGAGGGGAGCUCCCGAAGCUCGGCAAGAUUUAGUAGCAGGAAGGCACACGAAUUUGUGGCCAGAAGGCAAACUCAAGUCUAAAUCCGAAGUUCGUGUUCUUUCACGGUAGAGAGAGGAUCUCACUGUCCUAGGCUCGUCCCAAAAGACAGCCACCAUGGGGGGCAGUGGCCAGAUUUGUCUCCUUUAACCCCAGCAGGGGAGGGGAAUGAGGAUGACAGGCAGCCCCCCCACCCGCGGAGUCCCCUACCCGCAGUGCCUCCUGCCAGAAACGCCCCCCUCUCCUAGCACCCCGGUCACUCUCCAAGGAGAUCCUAGCUCCUAAAUGCCUCUGGGAUGCACCCUCUUCCUCACUGCUUGUCCAGACCGCUGUGCAGACGUCGUCACCAGCCCCCCACUUCCGCGUCUGCCCCCCACCCCCCCACGCAGCCGUCCGAGUGAGUGCUGAGAACCAAACCCAGGCAUCUGACUUUCCUUCCUUCAGAGUCUUCAGUGGCUUCCGGGUGCUUUGGGAAUAAAGUCCUGUCCAUCCGAAGACGCUGCACGAACCGGCCGGCGCCCCCCUAGCGUGCCUCGCCUGUGUUCCCUGGGUCGCAGCUGCUGGGGCUGCGUCCGUGACGCAGAGCCCUCACACACACCGUUCCCUCUGCCUCCACGCUCUUCCUCCCAUCCCCCACUUAGCUGACCCUAAAUGCUUCUUCCUCGGGAGCUCUUCUAAUUUCUUGGUGUAGAAAGCAAGAUUUUCCAUUGGAUCGUCUCUUAGCGUCACACUUAUUCCAGAGUACUUAUUCCAGUGUUGGUUUUAAGGUUACGGAUGUGAGACAGCCAUCUGGGUCACCGCCGGAUUCCCAGCGUUGGGCGCACAGUUGCUGCUCAAUAAAUUUUGAUGGGCUGA